UGGAUUCAUAGUUUUCAAGUCCCUAUAUAUGAAAUAAUUGGUCCAUUAGGUUUUUUGUGAUAUUAAUUUUAGAAUUUGGGGGUUCAAUUUUCAAAUUUUUUUCUAUAGUUUAUUAUCUUUCUCCGGCAAACUUUUGCCGGAGCUCCAACCAGUCACCACCAAAAUGAUACCCCACUGGUUGACCCACCCCUCUUCUCUUUUUUUCUCGUUUCACUGCCUAUUCUUUUCUCCAAGAACACAACCAUACCACCAAACCCCCUUUGCGAUUCUUUCUCUCUUCCGACCAAAACCCCGGCCAGAACCUUGGCUGGAACAACCCCAAAUCGCCACCAAAUUUCGAACCAGUGAAUAACAACAACAAUGACCAUGAAUUUCAGCAUGGUUUUGCAACUCAACAACCAGCGGAAAUGACCUUUCAGACCACCCAAAACCACCAAAAGCACAUCACAUCGCAUCACCACAGACCGCCAGAUCAAUGGAAAAACCCCACCCUCGUUUCCUCUUUUGUUUGCUGCAACGAGUCACUCCGACAAGGGGCUCAAAGUUCCGAUGAAUCGAAGCUAAACAAUGAACCAAACUCGGUGCCUCUCCUCUCCCCUCUCCCCUUUCACGAUUCUCCUCCAUUUUGCACGUAUUUCAUCAAAACUAUGGUGGGCGACAUCUCCUUCACCCUCUCCAUCUUCCUCAACAACAACUACGCCGGAAUUCAACCAAAUCCACCUGAAAUUCGCUGCCUCUCCCAGCAACAACUGAGCAACGAGCUCCAUCUCCGAUUUCUGCUGGAGAAAAGUGAGUUAACCACCAUAAUGGCUUCACUGAAACAAUGGAGAAACAGCCAUUGUAGAGAGGAAGAAGAAGAACAGAAUUUCAAUAUAUUUCAUGCCAAAAAUCCCUUGUUAUUUCAUCUACAACUCCUUCAUUAUAUACGUAUAACUUGGAAGAUUCUAGACUAAUUAAAGAAGGAGAAAA